CUCGAUGCCUUGGGAAUCUCUGUUUGUAACAACUCUGUGUUGCUGUCAAGCUCUUAGUCCCUCAGUCACUCCAUCUCGCUCUGUCUCUCGUAACAGUUUCCACGAACUGACGAUACCCGACACACGAGAGGGAGUAAUAAUUUGUGAUAGACAGAGAGAGAGAGGAGUAAAAAAUUUAUUUAACCAGCCAGUAACUGGUGAGUUUGCGAGAGUGAGCGAGAGAUAAAAAUAUUUAAAGAGAGUAAGAGUAUUGUACGAGGUAGCGCAGAACGAAAACGCCACACAAAUAAUGUUCGGGUCGCGUUUGCGCCGCGAGUGUUAAAAUUACCAAUAAUGUCAAUACUCAUAAGGUAUAAUUUUUAAAAAAAAUCUACGCGAUGCCUUGAAAUAGCCUUGACAAUUGUGAACAGGUGACUAGUGAGUGCUGUGAGCUAUUGGAUUCACUCAGUGGUAUACAAAAUAUUUAUUUAUAAAUUAUUUUAAAUAAUUUAGCAAAAGUAACAACAGAGUUGAAGAAAAAAAAACAAAAAAAAAACAGUGGAGGCGAGAAAGGUAGUGGUUGAUUGUGUAGCUUUUGGAUUAUGAAAAAGUCGAAUAAAUAUCGAACGGGUGUGGGUAACAUUUCGUCAGUGUGCCUGUCCGAGGCUAAGUCGGACAGGGCCGAGCCUCAGGACAGUCUUGGUAACUUUUACAUGAAGGAGCAAGACAUACCCGAGUAUCUAGAGGGCUGUGGUCUUACGACUUGCUCCGCCGGCAACGACAUGCCCGAGGCAGUGGAGGAUAUUCCCAAGGAGCACCACAAGGAGAAAAAAUUGUCAACCGCGUCGAUAGCCAGUGGGGGUGAUACCAAGAAAACAGUGACUGUCAAACACCCCGAGUCAAACAAACCUAAACCCACGGCUAAAAAAUGUAAACCCAUACAGGCGGACCUCGACGUCGCCAAGGAGUUCAUACGGUGUCGGGACGAGUGUCUUACCAGGCUGGACCUCAGCAAGUCCAGCAUUACCAAUCUGCCGAGCUCCGUGAGAGAUCUAUCGCACUUGCAGGAGUUUUAUCUCUACGGUAAUAAACUCGUGACAUUGCCGCCAGAAAUAGGAUGUCUGACUAGUCUGAGGAUUCUGGCCUUGAAUGAAAAUUCUCUCACCAGCCUGCCAGACACCCUUGAGAAUCUCAAGUCGCUUAAGGUCCUCGAUCUGCGGCAUAACAAACUCAGUGAGAUACCUGAUGUCGUUUACAAAUUAACAUCACUCACGACACUGUUUUUACGCUUCAACCGGGUCCGCUAUGUCAGUGAUAACAUAAGAAACUUGACUAAUUUAACGAUGCUAAGUUUAAGGGAGAACAAAAUAAAAUCAUUGCCUGCGGGCAUCGGCAAGCUGGUGCAUCUCAUAACCUUCGACGUGUCUCACAACCACUUGGAGCACUUACCCGAGGAAAUAGGCAACUGCGUCCAACUGUCGACCCUGGAUCUCCAGCACAACGAGCUGCUGGACAUACCCGAGAGCAUCGGGAACUUGGUCGCUGUGACGAGAUUGGGACUGAGAUACAACCGUCUCUCGUGCAUACCCAAGUCGCUGGCCAAUUGCCGGCUGAUGGAUGAGUUCAGCGUCGAGGGGAACCAGGUCUCCCAGCUGCCAGACGGUCUACUUUCGAGUCUGUCUGAGCUGACUACUAUAACUUUAUCACGUAAUUGUUUUUCAGCGUAUCCCUCGGGAGGUCCGUCCCAGUUCACCAACGUCGAUUCACUUAACAUGGAACACAAUCAAAUAGACAAAAUUCCUUAUGGAAUAUUUUCACGUGCUAAAAAUCUGACAAAGCUCAAUAUGAAGGAAAAUCAGUUGACGUCAUUGCCACUUGACAUUGGAACAUGGGUAAAUAUGGUAGAGCUUAAUCUUGGUACAAAUCAACUAACUAAAAUUCCAGAUGACAUUCAGUGCCUGCAGAAUCUUGAGAUUCUCAUUCUGUCCAACAAUUUGUUGAAACGUAUACCAGCAAGUAUUGGUAAUUUACGUAAAUUACGUGUUCUGGACCUUGAGGAAAAUAAAAUUGAAUGUUUGCCGAACGAAAUUGGUUUUUUACGUGAUCUUCAGAAGCUCAUACUGCAGUCAAAUCAAGUUACCUCGUUGCCACGUGCCAUUGGACAUCUUCUUAAUUUGACUUAUCUGAGUGUAGGGGAAAAUAAUUUAAAUUAUUUGCCUGAAGAAAUCGGUACACUUGAGAAUCUUGAUUCGCUUUACGUAAAUGACAACGCAAAUCUUCAUAAUUUGCCAUUUGAAUUGGCGCUAUGUACAAAUCUCAGUAUUAUGUCUAUUGAAAAUUGUCCAUUGUCGAAAAUUCCAGCAGAAAUAGUUGCCGGUGGUCCGUCCUUCGUUAUUCAAUUUUUAAAAAUGCAAGGGCCGUACAGGUCAAUGUAAUAAAUCGAUGACUUCGAGGAACGCGAGACACGGACCUGCAGCAGCUGCAUUGCCAGCAGAUGUACGAGGAUGUGCCAUCAUCUGUGGCUCCUUUUUGCCAGAAAACCUCAGGGCAGACAGAACAAGACUGUAGCUGGUGCGUCGAGCAUGGAUUUGUAGCAGCUUCCUCGAAGCCCAUUUGUUUAUCACUAUCACAAACAAUGAUAAUAAUGGUCUUAGACUGUUGUUUGAUAAAUAACACAACAAACAAUCUGCAUUUACCUGCAUCAAGUCCUCCAUAAAAUCUAUAACAGUGGCUAAUUAAAUUAUUUCUCUCCCAUGGUGCCAAGUUGUCAUGUUAUUAAUUGUGAUCUGAAGAAAUGUAAGAUUUAUAAUAAUGAAUUUUAUGUAAUUACAUAUUAUUAUAAAUAUAUAAAUAUAUUAAUUAAUUCAUCGAGCCAUCAGCACCGUCCUGCGUAUGACGCAGUCUAGUUUAAAACGCCACCGAUCAUUAUCUCUGUCUCUUCAAAAGCUAAUUGAUUAAUUACAUUUACUAAAGAUAUAAUCUCUCAGAGACUGUCAAUCUCAUAAAUAUUAUUAAUUGUCAAUAUCAUUAUCACUAUAUUUAUCAUUAUUAUUAUUGUGAACUAAUAUUACGGUAUAGAAUGGAGUCAUACUUUGUUCAUAAUUGUCUUUCAGUAAAAUAAUUUAAGGUAUCAAUUGUAGCUUUUAAAAAAUACUGACGGAUAAAUUUUUUCACAGAUUGAGUCUCAUGAAAAUUUUUAAAUUUUUCGGAGUUGGUUCGGCGAGCAGACGAAAGGUUGUAUCGUCCAGUCCCUCUGCUCUUGUUCUUCCGACAAUGAAAUUUUAUAUCAUUUUGUUGUUUUUGUUCCUUCAUUAUUAAACUUUUUUGUUUGGACACUCAGUUUACCCUCCACUUGUCUCUUUUAUUGUAUCGGGUUCCAUAUUUUAUUUUCUCUAGCUCCGUCACAAUAAUGCGGGAACGCAAAUUAUAAAAUAAUAAUAUAAAUAUAUAUAUACAUAAAUAAAUAUAUAUAAAUUGUACAUUAGUACGCCAUAAUUACAAUAUAAAUUAAAAUAUUUUAAAAAAUUGUAACAUGAAGAAUGAAAAAAAAUUAACACU